AUGGAUCAGCUACCGGAUCUGUUAACGUACAGAACUCUGUUGGAGGUGCACAAGAAUGAAUCCAUUUUCAACUUUUCUGUCGCCAAGGACAUUAUCGAAGAUUUCGAGGAAAAUCUUUACACUCACAACAAGUUUUCUACGGUGGUUCUUCUGACAUUAUACGCGCCAAUAUUUAUACUUGGUAUGUGUGGCAAUAUACUCAUUGCUGCCUCGGUGACCAGUGACAGAGCACGGAAAGGAAAUCUAUACUUCCUCGUGAACCUGGCUCUCGCCGACCUGGUCGUGACAGUCAUGUGUAUUCCUACAUCCAUUGGCACGAUUGUGUAUCGUUUGUGGGUGUAUGGAAGGUUUCUGUGCAAGUUUACGGCUUUCAUUCAAGGUGUCGCAGUCGCUGUGAGUAUUUUCUCCAUGACGGCCAUGUCUAUUGAUCGCUACUAUUCUCUUAAAAAACCUAUGAACAUUAUUCGCCGCGUCUCAUCAUCGGGCCAGUCGUGUUGUCUAAUACUAUCAAUGUGGAUCGUAGCCUCCAUCUUCAUGUCCCCAUUACUUUUCAUACGAGAUAUUGAUAUUGUACACGAUAUUCCUUUUCUUCGACCUAUGACGUUUUGCAUUGAGCAAUGGCCCCAAGAUAGGGACAGGAAAGCUUAUGGUGUCUUUCUUUUAUUCGUUGUUUUCAUAAUUCCCGCUUUUACGAUCGGCGUUUGCUACGGGAACGUUGGACGUGCUCUUUGUGUCACAGAUCGACAAACGAGGUUUAAUUCAGAUGGAAGCACAAACAGGCUGGUUUCUCGACGACAAGCCGCUCGAAUGGUGAUUAUUCUUAUCUGCGUAUUCAUGGUUUGUUGGUUGCCGUACAGCGUUAUAUCGGCUCUAGCCGACAUUUCUGAGAACGCCACAAUCAUCGAGUCGCUGCCAUUUGUCUUGUGGCUCGGUCAUGCGCACAGUGCAAUAAAUCCUAUGUUAUACUGGUCCUUAAAUAAACGCUUUCGAGACAAUAUUCAGAAAAUGGGCAAAGUGAUUAGCACACGAUGUUGUUUUAGCAAAACUACGGACUCUUCGUGGCUGUGAAUACAGAUGCGUAUCUAAUGACCUUCAAUCAUUUUGCUAGUCACAUUAGUGCAUAUGUAUGCUAGAUGUGGACAAAAUAAUUCGAUAAGUUAUUAUUAAAUGCAUGUUUACCUAAUCUUUAUAACAUAUGUUACCAGGAAUGUAAGUAUAUUUAAACUGGAACUCGCCUGCCACGUUAUGUGUAUUGAUACUUUACCUCAAACGCAAACUUAUUACCAUGUGUGUUACAAUAAACUGCACCGAGAUAUAAUGUUCUUUGUUCAUAACUUACAUAUUAACUAGUUUAACGAAUGCUUGCGCAAGUGAAAAUGUGAUAUUUUCUGACUUUGUUUUUUUUCACUGUAAAAAUCAAAAGCAAACGUAAUGCCUUUGUCAUAAUUUCAAUUAAUAAGUCUGUUUAUAUCAGCUAGUUUCCCGACAUCUUAAACCCAUAAUAAUUUCUCAUUAAUCCAUAGAACUUUGGUGAAGAUAUUGACAUUCCAAUAAUUUCAAACGAAUUAUGUAAGGGUUUCUGCUGAUCCUUAUAAGAAACACUCAGUCUAUGGCCGUCAUGAAUUUGAUCAGAGCAGAAUCGAUGCAUACAUUGACUUUUACAUUGCAGCAUAUGCUAAAACACAU